GCGUGAGAUGCAGCUCCAAUUAGUUAGCGUGAACCUCUAGGACCCAGAGGAACGCCCCAAGAACAUGGCAGAGAACGAACUGCUUGCUCGUUUAGUCGCUCAGACGCCUUGGGCUACAUGCAAAACGUGAAUUGACAGCACACAACUCUCAGCGCUGACAACUCAGCUCCUGCAAGGGAUUAUACAUAGCCUAUCGUACAACGUUAGCUUUCCAACGGAAUGUGAGAAAUUUCGAAUUCUUCAUAUUUCAACUUGAACUUUAUGGGUUUUUUUUCAGACGAGCUGUGACUUUGGAAUAACUUUCGGAGAAAACUUUGAAUAACUUUACUACGGAGACAGAUAUUCACAUUAUGAAACUUUCUUCGAGGAUAUAAAUCGAGGAUAUGAGGAUAUAAAUAAAGCGUUUUAAAAUAUUUUAUUUUUGGUAGAAGUAGCAAUCGUCUUUUUGAAGAAGAUUCUCAAGAAGAGCUGUUUACCUAAAAUUAUAGGUUUAAUUUUAACUGAACUGGAAAAAAAAUGUUCUGAGUGAAUGGUGAUUGAUUCUGAUGUCAGCACGACUGAGCGGUCAUAUGAGUUCUUCAUCAUCCUGAAGGCAAAUGUAAGGGAACACCUGUUGUGCAUGGUCUCAAAAAACUUUCCACGGAUUUAGCUUAUGCUAAAACAAGACAUCCCAAUGAAACGAGUUUAAACGGAAAAGAAAUGUAAAACGUGGAUUCUGCUGCUAUGGUGGGGAGUGUUAAAAUGCGGAGACCUGUCCUGCAGUUGCCGCGCUCAGAAUGGCUCGUGAGGACUCGGUAAAGUGCCUACGCUGCUUGCUCUUCGCUCUCAAUUUACUCUUCUGGAUAAUGGCCAUCUGCGUGCUGGGCGUGGCUGCAUGGCUCAGGGAUUACCUGAACAAUGUGCUCACCUUGACCGCGGACACCAGGCUGGAGGAAGCUGCAAUUCUCACGUACUCCCCCGUCGUCCAUCCAGUCAUCAUCGCUGUGUGCUGUUUUCUAAUCAUCGUGGCCAUGGUGGGGUACUGCGGAACGCUGAAAUGCAAUCUUCUACUCCUGUCCUGGUACUUUGGAUGCCUGCUGGUGAUCCUCUGUGUGGAGCUAGCCAGUGGAGUUUGGACCUAUGAGGAGCCUCCGAUCCUGCGGUCCGACAUGAUCAGUCUCAAGUCCCGGAUGCCCAGCUACGGCUUACCGCGCUACCAGUGGCUGACGCAGGCCUGGAACUUCUUCCAGACAGAGUUUAAGUGCUGCGGGGUCAUUUAUUUCACCGACUGGCUGGAGAUGACGGAGAUGGAGUGGCCGCCAGACUCGUGCUGUGCCAGGCAGUACCCAGGCUGUGCCCGACAGGCUCACUACUGGGACCUGAGCGACCUCCACCAAGAGGGCUGCGGUCCAAAGAUCUACAGUUUCAUCCGCGGAACGAAGCAGCUGCAAGUCCUUCGCUUCCUGGGCGUGUCCAUCGGGGUGUCUCAGAUUCUGGCCAUGACCCUGACGCUGACGCUGCUGUGGGCGCUGUACUACGGCAGGAGGGCCCCCGACCCCCCCGACCCUUGUCCCGCCGCCGGGACCGACCCCGGCCCACACUCGCCCUGCCCGGUUGAGGACGGGGCCAAACCGGGCCCAGCCCGACCCGGGGAGGCCUGGACUCCCGUGCUUCCCAACGGCCACACGCAGUUUGAGAUGGAGCAGAUCUCAUAGCGUCACGCCCACCGCUGCCAGAAACUGGGGACGAGGAACAGUGGCCGACACACGCUGCCACUGCUGUACAGCCGAACGACAAGCCACCAUAGAAAGCAAUGAUACACUAGACUGGAGCUCCUGCAGUACCAGUACAAUAGGAACCCAGGAUGCGACAAGAGGUGCUGGCAUCCGCCGCCUCUACCAUAGAAACUGGAGAUACAGUAGAAUGGCUGCCCUGCACUGCCAAUACAGUAGAAACCCAGGCUGAAACAGGAGUUGCUGGCAUACAUCACCACUACCAUAGAAACUGAGGAUACAGUAGAGUCAUUGCCCUGCACUGCUGAUACAAUGGAAACACGUGAUGAAACAAGGUGCUGGCACACACUGAAACUGAGGCUACAGUAGAGUGGGUAGCCUAUUGUCUUAAACAAAAGAAACGAGCCUUCCUGGCAGGCAUUGCCAACACUACCAUAGAAACCAAGGACGCACUAGAGUUGCAGAUAUUCCACUGCCAUAGAAACUGUCGACGAAAAUGUACCAGAACUAUCCAAUACCCACAAAGUGAAAGAGGGUGCAACUGAUUAUAUUGCAGCUCUUCUAGCAUCUCUUUUAGUAUGAGGAAACAGUUAAGGAAUUCAGUAUGAGUUUUUCCAAAACUGGUACCAUGGAAAUAGACUGAAUAAAACAAGCCACUGUCUUAAUCUCUUUACAAUCUUUCCGUGAAGCAUUCUAUUCAAGGGAAGUGGAGCACACUUUUUUAAAAAAAACUGAGCUGCUGUCAAAGCCAAGUUCUUCACCUAAAAACAAUAUGGUAAAUACAUUUAAAGAUGGGACAUUUCUUUUUGCUGAAUCAGUUUGUUUUAAGUGUCUUAAUUUAACAGUACUGUGAAAACACCGAAUGUCUGAUCAUUUCUUCUCCUUUGUUCACCGUAACGGAGAGAUCCAUUGCUCAGUGAUCGGAAAGGACUACUGGACUAUGAUGUCAGCUUGUUCAGCAGAAACCCCCCCACUUGUGGCAAAAGAGCUUUAUAGGGACAUCCUCACUGAAUGCCGUCUUUGUGUGUUUAUGUAUAAUGCGAUGUAUUCGACGCUGAGCGCAGUAUUGUGUCAUAAUGUCAGCCCAUCCCUUAAGUUCUAUCCCUGAGUGUUCCGUUGCACUGUCCUUUUGUACUGCAGUGUAAUGAACGAGGCUAUAUGAACCCCGUGAUAGGUGGAGCUUAUCAUUGAGGUGUCUCAGAUCAGGGUAAUGGGAUCUAUAGUACCCCUGUCGUGGGCACUAUACUGUGACAAGAAGGCCCUCCAAAUAGCCUCCACCUUAGACGGAGUCAGCCGCACACUCACCCUAAAGAUGAGCCACAGCCAAACCAAGCCAAUGCCCUGUUUUUUUGACUUGACUCAUUUUAAUCAAUCAGAAUACUCUUUAUGGGCUGCUGGGUGGCUCAUUCAGUUAAGGCUUUGCACUGUGGCGCAUGGAUGAGCCUCACGGCCUUGGAUCCAAAUCGGACCGUGCCAAUGCCGACUGUGGCCAAUAGCUCCAUAGUAUGACGCGUGAUUGGCGGUCACAUCGACCAGGGUAUGGGAGUCGUUCAGUCGGUUAGGGGUUUAGUUAAUUUUCGUCGGUUAAGUUCGCUAUCUAGUGACCCCUGCUAGUCGAUCAGGUUCCUGUGGACUGCAUGCUAAAGUUGCAUGUAAAAGGUCUUCCUCUGACUCCACUCUAUGCAAGUUUAGCCGUAGUCUAGGGUAUGAAAAUAAGCAGCAGGUGACACCAUGAUUCGGAAGACAACCAUAGAUAUCUACACUUCUAAAUCGGCUGUGAGGUUCAUGCAUGAACACAGCUACAAUUGUGGAUGACUGGCCAUUCUGAACUUUAAAAAAAUACUCUUUAUAACAACAUUCUACGGUUGGUUCAGGCCUGUUAGUAAUUCAGAAAAUGUGGUAACUCCACCCUUUUUGGAGUAUAUAUGAAGACUCAAUCAUUACUAUACAGCAUAGGUCCCAAAACGUUUGAACCACAGGGCCAUUUCCAAACUUGUACUCACCUCCCAAUGUCUGAGGGUGAAAUUGUUUGCUGGGAACCUUCAGUGUGGUUUUUGGACUUUUUGUUGACCUGCUGGGUGGGUGUAUAUGGCUGUUGACCUUAUUGGCCUAAAUAUAUAGUUACAUGUAUGGUA